AUGGCGUUCUGCAUUGCUGUCGAGCGUGACCUCAUUAAAACCUGGCAUCAAAAAACGUUUCGAACAUAUUCUGGGUGGUCUUCUAAGAAAGUCAACUAUGCUUCAUUUGGUGCAGGAAAUGAUGACGAUGACUUUGAUGAAGACUUCAAGGACAUCACGCCACCACCAGCCAAGAAGGCAAAAACAUUGAAGACGUCCAACAAAGAAAAUACCUUAAAGAAACAGGCCAUAAAGAACAAUGAGAAAGGGAACAGUAAGAAAAGGAAACCUCCCAAUGAAAGGACCUUUGAUAGGGAGUUACAGCUGGCCCUAGAAAUUUCCAUACAUGAGUCCCAGGAUUCAACAGGAGGGGUUGAUGAGCCCCCUCCACCCACUAUUGAAGCAAGUGAGCCUUUCAGUAUAACAGCCAAUAUGGAGGCAAUGGAGGAGCUAAACAAGCUCAAAGUGGAGGCCACACCCCCUGUCUUACAGCCAAUAACAACAGAUCAACCAGAGGUGGUUGUGUUAGAGGAAGAGGAGCAUGAGAGAGUGACUACAGCUGAAUCAGAAACACCCAAAGGCCAAGUUUUUGAUGACAGCAUUGAGGUGAUCAGCUCAGUACCUGAAGUGGAGCCCAAGACCAAGCGUAGGGCUACAGCCAAAAAGCCUGUGGUGGACAGCGAUAGUGAAAGUGCAUUUGAUCCAGAUGAUGAUGAUAAGGAUUUGAGCGAUGAGAGUGAUGAGGAUUACGAGGAGGACAAUGACAGUGAUUUUGAAGGCUUUGGUAAAAAGAAAAAAGGGAAAGGAAAGAGUCAAAAACCAACAGCAAAGAAACAAACAACUCCAAAGUCCACAUCUACAGCCAAAUCUAAAACCAAAGCAGCCCCUGUUUCCAAAUCUGUUGCCCCCAGAAGUAAAGUGACUGCCAUUAGGAAGGCCGUGUCUCCGUCCGUUGGUCAGACAAUGUCCAGUCCAGUUGGUCGAGGUUUGGGUGGAGGCACACCUAAGUGGACACCACCAGGCCAUGCAGGAAAAUCUUCACUUGGUGGCGCUAGUAUGAAAUCACCUGGUACCUCACUAGGUGGCGCUGGUACGAAGUCUCCUGGUCUCUCAUUCGGUGCGGGAGGGAUAAAGUCACCUUCCUCCUCACUAGGUGGUGUUAAUAUAAAAUCGCCACUAUCAGGGCUACGUCUCGGACUGUCUCGGCACCAGAGUGUAAGACCUCUUCAUUCAGGAUUAAAAGUAAAACACUGACAAAUCAUCUGUACAGACUGUUAUGUGUAUAUAGUAUAUCAUAUGCUUAUAAAGCAACAUGUAUUAUAUAAUUAACAUCACAAAGUGUGCAUAACAAAUUGUGUUUCACAUGGUGUGUAUUACAUGGUGUAUGUAUCACAUAGUGUGUGUAUCACAUGGUCAAUGUAUCACAUGGUGUAUGUACCACAUGGUGUAUGUAUCACAUGGUGUAUGUAUCACAUAGUGUGUGUAUCACAUGGUUAAUGUAUCACAUGGUGUGUGUAUCACAUGGUAUGUGUAUCACAUGGUAUGUGUAUCACACGGUCAAUGAAUCACAAGGUGUGUGUAUCACAUGGUGUGUGUAUCACAUGGUAUGUGUAUCACACGGUCAAUGAAUCACAAGGUGUGAGUAUCACAUAGUGUGUGUGUCACAUGGUGUAUGUAUCACAUGGUGUGUGUAUCACAUGGUGUAUGUAUCACAUGGUGUGUGUAUCACAUGGUGUAUGUAUCAUGAAUCACAUGGUGUGUGUAUCCCAUUGUCAAUGAAUCACAAGGUGUGUAUAUCAGAGUUUUUAUAACACAUGGUAUCAUAGGGUAUGUUAAUCACGUUUUUACAUGGUGUAUCACAUGGUGUGUAUCACAUGGUGUGUGUAUCACAGUGUGUAUAAGACAUGGUAUCAUAGGGUAUGUUAACACUUAGACAGGUGUAUUAUACUAAUUAUAUAGUGUAAAUAUAAUAUGUAGGUUUUAAUACAAUGUAUUUCAUUGUAACAGAGUGAAUCAACUUGUAUGUAUUUCUACUUAUACCAUCUUCAAACGUCAAAUAUUCUUCUCUCUACAUGCUGAUUUUUUCUGUAUUAUUUGAUUUUGUCAUGACAGAGCUCAGGUUCACAGUAAGCUAUUUGCUUGGUUAUCGUUCCACACAUCAGAAAUGACCUGUCCCUAGGCUGAUAGACAGUGGUUCCAGUGAUUUAAAGAUUAUCAGUGGAUUGCUCUUGAGAUAAAAGUGAUAUUUUUUACUGCUGUGUUGCCACACAAUUUGCUUUGGAGCUGCGGUGGCCAAGUGUUUAAGGCGUCCGACACUGUGCUACCACUAGCCCUCCACCACUGGGUUGUGGGUUCACGGCCUACAUGGGGCAGUCGCCAGGUACUGUCCG